CCUGGUCGGCAAACAAACAAUAAUCAGCUGUUUCCAUUGCUUAUUUCCAACAAUUUGCAGCAAAAAAGUGAACAAUUACCCAGAGUAUAGGGCACCCAGUGACCAAACUAUGCUGCUGUAAUCACCCGCGAAAGGAGAAACACAACGGUAAAGAUAAAACCAGGCGAGAUAACAACACGCACAGGUGCCAAACAUGCUGUCCUACAUAAAGCGCAAGCUCUCCGAAUCCGACGGCGGCGCCAGUUCGGUCGCAACAGUGACGUCGUCAUGCGGCGGCGGUGAUAGUGGGAGUGCGGGCGGUACGGGCGGAAGUGGAAGCGGUACGGGCAGCAGCAGCAGCAGUGCCAGUAUCAGUAAAAGCGGCCAGCGCAGCCAGAACGCCGACGAGUUAGUGCGCAAAACGAGCCAGAUGUCGAUGGAUGAUGAGGCUAUUGCCUUCGGGGAGGACGCACUGCUCCAUGAACUGGGCUACAAGAGUUCGACGGAGCUGCAGGAAACCAUCUAUGAUCUGUUGCGCGGCAUUCGCGAUCCGGAGAAACCGUGCUCUUUGGAGGACCUGAACGUUGUCUAUGAGGAUGGAAUCUUUGUGAUGCCACCCACGCGCUCAAAUGUCUCAGUUGUGCGCAUCGAGUUUAACCCCACGGUGCCGCAUUGCUCGCUGGCCACGCUGAUUGGACUCUGUAUACGCGUGAAAGUAGAACGUGGACUUCCGCACAACAUAAAACUAGACAUAUACAUCAAAAAGGGUGCCCAUCAAACCGAGGAAGAGAUUAACAAGCAAAUCAAUGACAAGGAGCGCAUCGCUGCUGCCAUGGAGAACCCCAAUCUGCGGAAUUUGGUCGAGAACUGCAUUAAGGAUGAGGAGUAGCUCUCUUUGUCAUAUCUUGCUGUACAUAGGGAAUUUUUUGAGGAAUGUCUAGGAUUAAGUAUACUAUUAAGCUGCGUCAGGGACUGUGUGGUUAGCAUUAAAGCCCUUUAAAUCUGUUAA